AUGGAGACAGGAAAGAAAAAAACAUUCCAAAUCAAAGCUAAGGUACCGUGUGUGAAGAAGUUCAUUGCAUUCAGAGAUGGGUUGACUAAUAUCCGUCGAGACGCAUUCACACUCAAAUACGGGAAGAUUCUACACUUGUUGUCUGUACCAGUACAAAAGGAUGCUAUUACCGCACUAGCCCAGUUUUAUGAUCCACCACUCAGAAGUUUCCGCUUUAGAGAUUUCCAGUUGGCCCCGACUUUGGAAGAAUUCGGAAGAAUAUUGGACUCUCCUAAGCAGAAGAAGGGACCAUACAGGGGGCUAGGUCAAAUCCCUAAACCCGAAGAGUUGGCAGAAGUACUAGACAUCCCAGUCAAAGAUCUAACCCCUAACAUCAAAAUUUGGGGGAAGGUGCAAGGAAUUCCACAAGAGUACCUGGAGAAAACUGCUCAAAGCUUUGCUAAAGCCCAGAAGUGGGAAGCCCAUGAUACUAUUAUGGCUUUACUUAUUUUUGGGUUGUUGUUAUUUCCUAACAUGGAGAAGUUAAUUGAUGUAGCAGCUAUUAGCGUGUUUUGGGCCGUCAAGGUUAAGAAUGAAGAUUCAGUACCCGCACUCCUAGCAGAUGUUUAUCACACCUUGCACUUAUGCUUUGAGAAGGAGGGAGGACUGAUGUUAUGUUGCAUACCACUCCUUUACCAAUGGCUUGUCUCUCAUGUGUUCAAAGAGGUUGAUACAAUUGAAAGUAUGAAUGGAUAUGAGUGGUCUCAAAAGCUAGUAGGACUCACUGAAAAUACCAUUAUUUGGUAUCCUCAUGGCCUGAAUGUGGGAGAUACAAUUACUGGUUGUGGAGAAUUUCCGAAUGUACCAUUGAUAGGGUCAAAAGGAUGCAUUAACUACGAUCCUAUUUUAGCGAUGAGGCAGUUGGGUUAUCCUAUCACCUAUAAGCCGGACGACCAGUUGUUAGAAGGUUUUGUGUUCCAUGAUAUGGAGGAUCUUGUUAUGCUGAAAAGGGUUAUCCGAGCCUGA